AUGAACUGCAGCAAGACCCCUGACUUGGUCCUUUUGGGGUUGUCCAGGGAUCCAGAGCAAUGGGAGUUCUUCUUUUGUCUUUUUCUGGCCUUGUAUUUGCUGAGCCUCCUAGGCAACUUGCUACUUCUGCUAACUAUUGGUACUGACAGCCACCUCCACACUCCCAUGUACUUCUUCCUUGGCCAGCUCUCACUAGUAGAUGUCUGCUUCACUUCCACCACAGCUCCCAAGAUGCUGCAGACUUUGUGGACCAGCAAUGGAGCCAUCUCUUUCUCUGACUGUCUGAUGCAAUUAUACUUCUUUGCUGUUUUUGCUGAUAUGGACAGCCUUCUUUUGACUGUCAUGGCUAUUGACCACUAUGCUGCUAUCUGCCAUCCUCUGCGUUACCCAAUCCUAAUGACUCCUUGCAGAUGCGGACUGCUAGUGGCUGCGUCAUGGGGAGUGGCUCACUCCAUCUCUCUGAUCCAUACCUUAUUACUAUCCCAGCUAUUCUUCUAUCCUAAUCAAGAGAUUCCCCACUUUUUCUGUGAUCUAGGUCCUCUCUUAUGGCUUUCUUGCUCUGAUGCUAACCUCAAUGAGGACUUAGUGGUGGCUCUGACUGGGUUUUUAGGAAUCAGUCCUCUCCUCUGUAUCAUAAGCUCUUAUGCCUGUGUUUUCCAUGCUGUGGCUAUGGUUCCAUCAGCACAGGGGAAAAAGAAAGCUCUGGCCACAUGCACCUCCCACCUCUGCACAGUCAUCCUCUUCUACAGCACAGUCUUUGUUGCCUAUCUGAAGCCCCCUUCAACUUCUCGUUCUCCUGGGGAGAUGGUCGCUGCUGUCAUGUAUACCCUGGUAACUCCCACUUUAAACCCUUUCAUUUAUAGUCUGAGAAAUAAGGAUGUGAAGAGUUCCCUGAAAAUGAUUCUGGGCAUAGAGAGUUCUCAGGAUUAA